AGUGCCCCUCCGGCCUCGCCAUGAGGCUCUUCCUGUCGCUCCCGGUCCUGGUGGUGGUUCUGUCGAUGGUCUUGGAAGGCCCAGCCCCAGCCCAGGGGACCCCAGACGUCUCCAGUGCCUUGGAUAAGCUGAAGGAGUUUGGAAACACACUGGAGGACAAGGCUCGGGAACUCAUCAGCCGCAUCAAACAGAAUGAACUUUCUGCCAAGAUGCGGUUAGAACCCUUCCCAGGGCACGGGAGAGCUGGGGUGUGUUUUUGGGUGGAGCCCUGGCAGAUGGUCCAAGAUGAACAGAUUGAAAAAAAAACAAGUCCUGGAGAGGCUGACAACGUCCCGCUGGUCACACAGCUAGAUCUCAAGGGAGUGGUUUUCAGAGACAUUUCAGAAAGUGAAGGAGAAACUCAAGAUUGACUCAUGAGGACCUGAAGGGUGACAUCCCAGGAGGGGCCUCUGAAAUUUCCCACACCCCAGCGCCUGUGCUGAGGACUCCCUCCAUGUGGCCCCAGGUGCCACCAAUAAAAAUCCUACAGAAAAGUC